AUGGCUGUUGCAGCCGUCAUUGCCAUGCUGGCAGCGCAAACGGCGACUGCACUGCCGCUAUCAGGAGAAGGGCCUACUGUCAAAAUUGUGAAUGGACAACCCGCCGCUCCGGGUAAAUAUCCUUACAUUGUUGCUUUAUUGCCUAGAGAAGGUGCUCCAAAUUUUUGCGGCGGCACGAUUAUAAAUCAGAAUACCGUUCUCACAGCCGCUCAUUGUUGUCAGGGCAUGCCUCAAAAUGCCGUGGUUCGCGCUGGAUCAUAUAAUCGCUUAAGUGGCGGCAAAAUCUCUAGGGUGGUAUCUCAAAGUAUACACCCUCAGUUUACCCCUGAACCACUUGAUAACGAUGUUUGCACCUUGAAAAUAUCACCAAACAUCCAAGAAAGCCAGUCAAUUAAAUAUGCCAAGCUUCCGCAGCAGGGCUCCGACCUCGAAGACGGCACCCCAGUAAUGGUAGCUGGUUGGGGCAACUUGGAACAGGACGGUCAAUCUCCCGACGAUUUGCAAGAAGUCGCGCUUACUACAGUAGGCCGCGCCCAGUGCCAAAAUAUGAUCCAACAACAGGUACCGCAGGCGCAGCCAAUCACCCAAAAUGUGGUUUGCGCAGGAGCACAGGCCAAGGAUGCUUGCAAUGGAGACAGUGGCGGCCCGCUUGUUCAAGGCGAUACGCUUGUUGGUGUAGUUUCGUAUGGCUAUGGUUGUGCCAGGCAGGGAGUUCCUGGCGUUUACGCCAGAGUGGGUAACAAAGUUAACUUUAUUCAAGGUCAAGGUACCCAGUCGCCUGGUGACGGCGGCGGUGAGGUCGAUGAUUCUGGUGACACACCGCCUCAAGGCCCGGGAGGACAGCCUAGGCCGCCACCGCCAACUCUACCGACUGGCCCGGGAGGACAGCCCAGGCCGCCAUUUCUAGGGCCUGGCUCGCCGCCUAUUAAUCCGCCACCGCCAACUCUACCGACUGGCCCGGGUGGAGGACAGCCGCCAUUUCUAGGGCCUGGCUCGCCGCCUAUUUAUCCGCCACCGCCAACUCUGCCGACUAGCCCGGGUGGAGGACAGCCGCCAUUUACAGGCGGAAACGUGCCGCCAAUCUUAUCGCCUAGCCUAGAGGGAGUCUCGCCAUUCCUGCCGCCUGGAUUCCUCGAUGGUGCGGAAGAAGUUACGGUAACUACAGCACCAAUCUCAGAAAUAGCAUAG